UAUUAACCCCAGAUUUUAACACGAUAAUCACACAUCAUCAGGGUAUAAUUUGACCAAAUUUGGACGCCGGGGGUCAAGCGGUUGGCCGGCAAAAGAGGCUUAAGUGCGAUUCGGCCGCUCUCGCGCAGUUCGCUGAAAAUGUAGAAGUGGGCUUUGAAUCAUUGACUGAAAGUAAGUUCUUCUGUGGUCCUCAGUAACGCGCGAGUCCGCGUUUGUUCAAUACACAAAGGUAGUGUUAGUGGUAUUCCCCUCUACGGGGAUAAGAGGACGAAAUGAUCGGCCAUGGACUGGGGUUCCUGGUCGUGGCGAUAGGGAUAUUGGGGAGCGUGACUGGGCAAUUUUUGAGUAAUUACCCCGCUGAGAAUCGAACCGGUCUCUUUGGAAGACAUUCUAGAAUUGGUUAUGGGGGGAGAGGAUAUGAGGCAGAAAAUCUAGAAGAAAAGUCUGAGGAUGCUUUUCCGUUAGAUGAAGAUGAUGAAUAUGAUGAUAAUUUAAGGGGAGACCUUAGUGAUGACGGUGAUAACGGUGACAACGGUGAGGACGAUGACUACAUAAGUCCGGAUGAUUUUGCACGUGGAUACGACACUACCGGUUCGUACAAUCCAGGCCGCGCCGACGACUAUACAACAACUGCUCCUGAAGGCGGAGAAAGCAGAGCUGGGUCGUAUCCUGAUCCAAGGUCUAAUCCCGCAGACCCUCGCUACGAUCCCAGAUACGAUCGUAGACAUCCAAACUACGACGAGAGACUAGAUCCAAGCAGUGACAGGUAUGAUGCCCGUUUUGAUCCCAGUAGUCCCAGCUAUGAUCCAAGGACUGCACAGUACGGCCCACAAUAUCGGACAAAUUCAGGAUCAUCUGGAUCACAAUAUAAUACGAUAACUGGAUCAGUUUCAACUUCAGGAACAGCAGGUGGAGGACAAUACGGUCCAGGUGGGCAACCAUCUGGCUCUUCUUAUCCAGGCAAUUCACAAUCUGGCAGUUCUUACGGUUCUGGUUCUCAGUCGGGAGGUUCUUACAGUUCUGGUUCACAAUCAGGAGGGUCAAGUCCAAAUGCCGGAGCUCCUUAUGCCCCAAGUCCGCAAGGAGGAAGCUAUUACAAUGCCGGUUCUAGUUCUCAAUCAGGCAGUUCUUACAGUUCUGGUUCACAAUCGGGAGGUUCCUCAAGCCCAAAUUCUGGAGCACCUUAUCCUCCAAGUUCGCAAGGAUCAAGCUAUUACAAUUCUGGUUCUAGUUCUCAAUCAGGUAGUUCGUAUGGAUCAAAUCCUUAUGGAACUAGUACUGGAUCAGCUUCCGCAUCAGGAUCUAUUUCAGGAUCAAGUCAAGGUUCAGGUUAUUCAACAAAUUAUGGUUCUAGUUCACAAUCAGGAGGAAGUUACUCUUCAGGAGGAUCGUUUCGGCAAGGCUCACAAUCAGGAGGAGGCGCAUACGGAUCUGGUUCUUACAACGAGUCCCGAUCAAGGUCAGGAGGCUACGGUUCAAGAGUAACAAGCAGUAGAAGACAAUAUUCAGACAGCUACGAUGUCUUCGAUUCACCAAAAGCUGGCGUUGAUAAAUUUUUACCAAAGUGUUUUGCGGAAAAAGGUGCCAGAGGUACACCAGGAACACCGGGUUUACCUGGUGAAAAAGGACAAAGAGGUUAUCCAGGAGGUGAAGGUAUAGCCGGAGAUAAAGGAGAUAAAGGAGAAACUGGUCCUAUUGGUCCUAGAGGUCCAAAAGGAGAACGUGGUAAAACCGGAGUUCCUGGUUUUCCUGGUCUACACGGAAUUCCUGGAGUAAUGGGACCACCUGGAUCCCCCGGUAUACCUGGUACUGAUGGUUGUAACGGAACUGAUGGUCUUUCCGGUAUAGAUGGUCAUCCUGGGGAGCCCGGACCACGUGGUUUACCAGGUAUCUCUGGUAUUAAAGGAGAAAAGGGAGAAGCAGCUCAUUGUGAAAUUACAUUGAAAGGACAGAAAGGGGAACCUGGACGAGAUGGAGUUACAGGUCCUGCUGGUAAUCCUGGGCCUCCAGGUCAAACUGGUCUUCCCGGGCCACAAGGAGAUCAUGGAUCAAGUGGUCCUAGAGGUCCACCUGGUACUAAAGGUCAGAAAGGAACACCCGGUCUUGGAUUCUACGGUCCUAAAGGAGACAAAGGUAUCGUGGGACCUCGAGGUCAAAAAGGAGAACCUGCGGAUGGACAUCACGAACUUAACCAAACUGCUUUAAUUGGACCAAGAGGUGAAAAGGGUAUGCAAGGGGACCGAGGAGAUUAUGGAGUCUCAGGACAAAAAGGAGAACCGGGUCCUGAAGGAGACUAUGGUCUACCUGGAACUAUUGGUAUGAAGGGAGAAAAGGGCUUGCCAGGUGCUCCAGGUCCAAGAGGACGUGACGGAUUUGCUGGUCCACCAGGUCCUCCAGGUCAAAAAGGAGAUAGAGGAUUGACGGGUCUUUCAGGUUUACCAGGACAACAUGGACCAAAGGGAGAACCGGGAAGGGACGGACCUACAGGCCAAAUAGGUCUUCCAGGUCCGCAAGGAAAACCGGGAGGAGGAAAAGGAUAUCCAGGUCCACCUGGUCCCCCUGGACCAAGAGGUUAUCCUGGGCUAGCUGGUCCUAAAGGUGUAGAUGGAUUCCCAGGCUUACGGGGGGAAAGAGGUCCUCAGGGACCAGUAGGUGGUCCAGGUCUAGCAGGCACACCUGGACCUGAAGGAAUUCCCGGGGAGAAAGGUCGGCAGGGAGAUUCUGGAGCUUCAGGUUUACCUGGACAUGACGGUCCCAGAGGUUUUCCAGGACCUCCCGGUCCACAGGGACCUAGGGGGUUCACUGGUGAAAAAGGAGCAACGAUACCGGGUCAAAGAGGAGAUGAUGGGGAAUCAGGACGCGAUGGUCUUAAGGGACAAAAGGGAGAAAAAGGUUUUCCUGGAGCAAUAGGUGUACCUGGAGACGCUUUAAAUGGCAUACCAGGGUUACCAGGUCCUGUCGGACCACAGGGAGAGAAGGGUAAUGCAGGACGACCAGGAGCACAUGGAGCACCAGGUACGCCAGGAGAUAAAGGAGAUAGAGGUGGCCAAUGUAUUAAUUGUAUACCUGGUGCUAGAGGGGACAAAGGGGACAGAGGUUUCGAUGGUAGAGAUGGACCCCCAGGACCAAGAGGACCUCCUGGACCACCAGGAUUUGUUGGACCAGCUGGUUCGAAUGGAUUACCCGGUCGAGAUGGACCACCUGGCAAUCCCGGUAAACCCGGAAGUGAUGGCGUUCCUGGAGACCAAGGUCUACCUGGUAUUAAUGCUCAAGUUCCAGUUGAUCUAGUUAAAGCCGAAAAGGGUGAGAAAGGUAACAGAGGUAUAGACGGUUUACCGGGAGCAUCAGGCCCUAUUGGAAGACCAGGACUGAAGGGAGACAUGGGUCUAAUGGGACGGCAAGGUGAAAAGGGUGAUAGGGGAUUCAAAGGGUUCCCUGGUUUAGACGGAAGAAAUGGAGAACCUGGAAUUCCUGGUAAUAAAGGACAAAAGGGUGAUAGUAUAAUAGGAGAACCUGGAUAUCAGGGUGAACCCGGAGAUAAAGGAGAUGUAGGAAAUCCAGGAGACCGAGGUCCUCAAGGUCUUCCUGGAAAUUGUCCGGAAAGUAUUAUCGCACAAAUGAAAGGAAACCAAGGACCCAAAGGUGACAAAGGAGAAAAAGGAUUUACAGGACGCGAUGGAACAAAAGGAGAUAAGGGUGAUCAAGGAUUUACGGGACCCUCGGGACCUAUAGGACCUACUGGUCCCCCUGGGCCUGUUGGUAGAAGAGGUUUGCCUGGCCAAAGAGGAGACAAAGGAGAGAAAGGACCAAUGGGUUUCCCUGGAGAUCGUGGAAGAGAUGGUUCUCCAGGACUCCCUGGUCUUUCAGGUGGUAAAGGUACUAAAGGAGAAGCAGGUAUACCAUCGGUAGGACCUUCUGGUCCACCUGGUCCUAUUGGUGAACCAGGAGAAAAAGGAUUACCUGGGUUCCCAGGUAAACCUGGUCCUAGGGGUAAUGACGGAUUUCCGGGAUUAAUGGGAGAGAAAGGAGAUGUUGGUUCUCCAGGAUUGAAUGGACUGACGGGCCCAGCGGGUCAAAAAGGAGAACCUGGACCUAUUGGACCUCCAGGUAUUGAUGGACGUGAAGGAAGCCCUGGAUAUCCAGGCGCCAAGGGAGAAUUAGGUCCUAGGGGACAACCAGGACGGCCAGGUUUACAAGGUUUCCCAGGUUUAAAAGGAGAAGCAGGAUUCCCUGGUGCCACUGGUCAAAAAGGAUUUAAGGGAACUAUAGGAAUGCCCGGCACUCCUGGACAGCCAGGUAUGGAUGGUCUACCCGGAAGAAUAGGAGAAAAGGGAGAACGUGGAUUCCAAGGGGCCCCAGGACCUCAAGGAUUAAUUGGAAUGCCUGGCGAAAAAGGUUUCUCGGGCGAAAAAGGUGAUCUUGGUCCAUUUGGUCCCCCAGGUUUACCAGGAUCCCCUGGACCUAUAGGCGAUAAAGGUCAAUCUGGUUACCCAGGUAACCCAGGAAGAAAAGGAGAACCAGGAACUGCAUCCGAAAAGGGACAAAAAGGAGAACACGGCAUGCCAGGUUUAAGAGGAGCUGAUGGUUUACCGGGAUUACAAGGAUUGCCUGGAGAUAAAGGUAUUGCAGGUACACCAGGAAGGAGUAUUGUCGGUGCUAAAGGUGAUAAAGGUGACCAAGGACCUUCUGGUUUAGAUGGUUUAGCAGGAAUACAAGGAGAAAAGGGUGAUGCCGGAACCCCAGGUUUCCCUGGAGUGAAAGGAGAUAGGGGUUACCCAGGUGAACAAGGAGCACCAGGAAUGGACGGUUUUCCAGGAACCAAUGGAGAAAAAGGUGAUAGAGGAUUUGCAGGAGCGCCCGGUUUUACAGGAGAGAAAGGAGACCGAGGUUUGUCAGGUCUUGAUGGAUAUGAAGGACAAAAAGGUGAAAGAGGCCGACCAGGUUCCACCGGACCCUUCGGCGAACCAGGAGAAAAAGGUGACGUAGGAGAAACAGGUCCUCCGGGUCCGUUGGUGCAAAUUAAAGGAGAUAAAGGAGAACCAGGACCUUUUGGAUUGGAAGGCAGACAGGGUGAAAAAGGAGACCGUGGAUUCUCUGGAGCUAUUGGUCUACGAGGAGAGAAAGGGGAUGUAGGUUUCCCUGGUGUUAAAGGAAAUCUUGGUAGCCCAGGGCGUCCAGGAGCUAAAGGUGAACGAGGUCUUUCUGGGGUAGCUGGAUUACCAGGGUUGACAAUCAAGGGGGAGAAAGGUUUGCCUGGAAUACCUGGCAAAAACGGAAGAGAAGGUAUACCUGGCACCCCAGGGCAAAUUGGUGAACCAGGAUUGCCAGGUUUGGACGGCAGACAAGGACCACCUGGUCCACCAGGUCCACUGGGUCUUCAAGGGCAGAAGGGAGAUCGAGGUUUUGAUGGAGCUCCAGGACCACAAGGGCCAACCGGGCCCCCAGGACAGCCAGGAUUAGAAGGCGCCCCUGGACAACGAGGUGAUAAGGGAGAAAGAGGUAACCCCGGUGCUUUCGGAGCUCCGGGACAAAAGGGAGAUCGUGGACAAACAGGAUUGCAAGGAAUCUCAGGCUAUCCGGGAGAAAAAGGAGACAGAGGUUACGAUGGAACGCCUGGAAUUGAAGGACCAAUGGGACCACCUGGUCUUAAAGGAGAUGCUGGUAUUCCAGGACAAUCUGGAAGACCGGGUAUUCCAGGUCAAAAGGGUGACAAAGGAGAGCGUGCACUUCAAGGAGGUCCAGGUCCAAAAGGAGAUAGAGGUUUUCCUGGAAAUCCUGGGUUACCAGGAGAGAGGGGACCUGCAGGUCUCGACGGAAUACCAGGAGUUCACGGACAAAAGGGAGACAAAGGUGAGAGAGGAUUCACUGGUAUUGCCGGAUCGCCUGGAUUACAAGGAGAAAAAGGUGAUAUAGGUAUCGAAGGAGCAAUAGGACUUCAAGGUUCUAUCGGUGAUAUCGGUCCAAAAGGUGAACCUGGUGCUUCUUGCGUUGAUGUCCCUGAUUAUCUCACUGGUUCUUUACUGGUUAGACACAGUCAAAGUAAAGAAGUUCCAAGCUGCGAACGUGGUCAUAUCCAAUUGUGGGAAGGUUAUUCCUUACUAUACGUUGAGGGCAAUGAAAAGGCUCAUACUCAAGACUUAGGUUACGCUGGCUCCUGUAUAAGGAAGUUCUCAACGAUGCCAUUUGUGUUCUGUGAUGUUAAUAACGUCUGUAACUACGCAAGUAGAAACGAUAAAUCCUACUGGCUCUCCACCAGUGCAGCUAUACCAAUGAUGCCCGUAGAGGAAUCGCAGAUUGAGGAGUAUAUUUCAAGAUGUGUCGUAUGUGAAGCACCUGCCAGUGUCAUUGCCGUGCACAGUCAAUCUCUAGCACUUCCAGAAUGCCCAUACGGAUGGAGUUCCUUAUGGAUCGGCUACAGUUUUGUAAUGCACACUGCAGCCGGAGCCGAAGGUGGAGGUCAAUCUCUUUCCAGUCCCGGUUCAUGUUUAGAGGACUUCAGGGCCACACCGUUCAUCGAAUGUAACGGUGCUCAAGGAUCAUGUCACUAUUUUGCCAACACCCUUAGUUUCUGGCUCGCGACCAUCGACAACAACCAACAAUUCCAGAAACCUCAGAAACAGACACUCAAAGCAGGAAAUGUCAGAGACAGAAUCAGUAGAUGCCAAGUUUGCAUAAGAAACACAUAGUUUGGUUCUUGCUCGCCAUAGGAAAUCAAUAUUUAGCGAUGUCUCUGUUACCUAGAUCAUUUGGAAAUAUCCAAAGACCGAUUACAUUAAUAUAUAUGCUUUAAUAUUUAAAGACACAAAAUUAUAUAUUUUUUUAGAGAAAUAAAUGGAGUUUUCAAACAUCUUGUAAGAGAGACAUCAUCUUUGUGUUCCUGUCAGUUCGGUACUUAGCCAUCCCUCGUGAUACCUUCAAUUUGAUCGCCAAGUACCAAUCUGUCAAACUUGUAUAGUAAGCUUUUAUAAUUUUCCUUUAAUACUGCCGUGCCAUCUUGUGUAACAAUAUAGCAUGUAAAGAUUUUUUGUAUAGAUAAUAGAUUGUAAGUUGUACGUAUAUGAAACAUUUACCAAACGAAACGAAGUAAUUCAUAUAAGUAUAAAAUAAAACAUUACCUAUCUUUAAAAGAUAAAAUUUGGUGCUACAUUACUUAAAAUUACUUUCAAAAUAAUGUCGUGCUUCAAAGAACGCAGAAACUGUUUUUUGGCCUCACUGUUCUGUUACUGACAUUUUCGUUGACUGAAUGUGGUCAGUUGAGAGAUACGCUCUAGUCAACUGCGCAGAAAAACCCGAUGUUAUUGUAACUAAUUGUUUUCAUUCAGCACUGCCAUUGUAAUAUAUUGUACCGUGCAGGAUUUUGUAUUUUCUGCGGCGUGUUUCCCAGAUAUAUUUUGUCACCAAUGUACUUUACCAAAAUAAUGUAAAUAAAUUUAUAUAAAUAUAAACUUUAUUUUCAAAUUA